CUCUCUCUCUCUCUCUAUCUUCUAGAUAUUUUUCGUUGGGUUUUUCUCCAAUUUAGAGCUUUUAUUAGGGUUACGUUUUAGUGUUCAUUAGCCAUAGAUUAAGAGUUGAAGCAACCUUUGAUAGUUCAUCAUAGAAUCUUCCAAGGUGCUGCAACGAAUUGCUAAGACUACGGAUAUGGCACAUUUAGCCGGAAUGGAUGCAAUUACUCUAACAAAACUGAUUCUAGAUGCACAUACCAGAGCUGCGGAGCAUUCAGACGCAUGCAAAGAUCUUUUCAGACGUGUGAAAUUUGUUGGAAAUCUGCUUGUUGAGCUAAGAGUACGUGAUCUCAAUGUUUCGGCAAUAAGAAAACCUUUGGUGGACUUAGAGGAGGCCCUCCGCAGGACAUAUCUCCUUGUAGCUAAAAACCAAGAACACAAUUAUGCCUAUAAAUUUGCCUUGGGGUGGAAAAUUAACAGAAAAUUUAAAAAAGCCCUCAAAGAAAUUGACACGAUUAUUAGUAUCAUAACACUGAUUUUUUUUGUAGACUAUAACCGGCCACCUCAGAUCACCAAUUCCACAGACAAGGAGAUACUAUUACAAGAAGGUUAUUGUGGGGAUAAAGUUGAUGAUGGAGAAGUGAUUCAGAACGUGUCAUGCGAUGAUUUCGAAUGUUCAGUUGACGAUGUAGAAUUGACUUGGAACGUGUCAGAAGAAGAUGUACGAGAAAGGCGCUAAAGCGACUAUAUUCCUAUCGAUUUACAUAGGCACUUUGUUGGAGUUUUAGAUACGUACUAUCUCAAGGAUUAUAGAGGCUACCUAUAAACUGUUAUAAACUGUUAUGGUGAUUUCAUAUUAUA